AUGGUCCACAAAUUCCUUGAGAAGUUCUAUCCCCCUAGCGAGGCUAUUAAGAGACAACACGAGAUCAUUGAUUUUCAGAUGACUCCUGCAGAGACUAUUAGAGAUGCAUGGGGGAGAUUCAAAGCCUUGCUGAAGAGGUGUCCCGAUCAUGGGUUGUCCCCAACAGUACAAGUCAUUAUAUUCUUCAAGGGAUGCAUACCUGAAGCACAACGGGAGUUAAAUCUUAGCGCAGGAGGUAAUCUUCUCAAGAAAGGGGAGGAGGAGGCGUUGGAGGUGAUUGAAGAGCUUGCAUCCAGUGAUGAAGGAUGGAGCAACGAAAGGAGUAAGGUGCAUAGGGUGGCUUCAAUCAUGGAUCAUGAUACGAUGAGCACCUUAUCUGACAAGCUGGAUGCCUUAACCAUGAAGUUCGACUGCAUGGCGAUGGGGCAACCGUCUCAAGAGUCCCAAGGAAACAUAGAGGAUGCGAAUUAUGUGCAGCAGUGGGGCAACAGGUAUUACAACAACUCACGCCCGAAAUUUAAUAGUGGAGGAUACAAUCAGUAUGGGAACAAAGGGCAUCCCAAUCUCUCUUAUGGGAACCCCAAUAAUGCCCUGCAGCCUCCUCCGGGAUUCACAGUUUCUGAUGGGAUGGUGAACGACCCCAAGAAGAUGACCACAGAGGAUAUACUCAAGUCUUUCAUGCUACAAUCUAAUAAGGUCAUGGAGCAGAACAAUCAGAGGAUGGAGAAGGUCGAGACGGAUGUACAAGGAAUGGCCACUCAUUUGAAGAACAUUGAUGUUCAGAUCAGCCAGAUUUCCCAGACUGUGAGUACUCUUACUCAACCGGGAAAAUUCCCUUCUACCACCAUUGUCAAUCCCAAGGACUGCAAAGCUAUAAACAUGCGGAGUGGGACGAGCUAUGAGGGACCCUCAAUGCCCCCAGGAAAUGAAGGGAAAGUAGCAGAGAAGACUAUUGAAGAGGAGGAAUUAGUUGAGGAAGAUGAAACGGAGACGAUUCAGGUCACCACUCUACCUAAGGAGAACGCAGUUCCAGCCUUAUCUACAACACCUGCAGCUCACACUCCUACUGAAGUGAGGAUUCCUUAUCCUCAACGGGUGCAGAAGAAGAAGACGGAUGCAGAAUUUUCGAGGUUCUUGGAUAUAUUCAGAAAGAUGCAGAUCAACAUCCCUCUGGUGGAGGCACUACAACAGAUGCCCAGUUAUGCUAAGUUUCUAAAGGAUGUGGUCUCCAACAAGAGAAGAUGGAUGGAAUAUGAGACGGUUAAUUUGACUGAGAGCUGCAGCGCCAUUAUUCAGAAGAAACUGCCAGCUAAGAUGAAGUAUCCCAGGAGUUUUACCAUAUCCUGCCUAGUAGCAGAUUUUCAAGAGGGAAGAGCCCUAUGUGAUCUGGGUGCAAGCAUCAAUCUGAUGUCGUGUUCUUUCUUUCAGAAGUUGAAGAUUGGAGUGCACAGACCCACUACUAUUUCACUGCAGAUGGCGGACAUAACAGUGUUGUACCCGAAGGGGAUUGUUGAAGACAUCCUAGUCAAGGUUGGGGAAUUUAUUUUUCCAGCUGACUUUGUGGUUCUAGAUAUGGAAGAAGAUAAACACGUCCCACUUAUCCUUGGUAGACCUUUCUUAGCUACAGGGAGAGCACUUAUUGAUGUCCACAAGGGAGAGCUCACUCUUUGA